AUGGAGCAGAAAGUUGUUCUCAUUACUGGAUGCUCUUCAGGAAUUGGACUCAGCCUGGCUGUGCAUCUCGCAUCAAAUCCAUCGAAAGCCUACAAAGUCUACGCUACCAUGCGGAACUUGGACAAGAAGCAGCGGCUGCUGGAGAGUGUGAGAGGACUGCAUAAAGACACUAUGGCCAUACUACAAAUGGAUGUGACAGACCAGCAGUCUAUACUUGAUGCUAAGAAAAAUGUUACAGAGGGCAGAAUUGAUAUAUUAGUUUGUAAUGCAGGUGUAGGUCUGAUGGGUCCUCUUGAAGCCCAAUCGCUGGACACUAUACAUGCAGUCCUGGACGUCAAUCUUCUGGGCACCAUCCGCACCAUACAGACCUUCCUACCAGACAUGAAGAGAAAGAGGCUUGGACGAAUCCUUGUGACGGGCAGCAUGGGAGGACUACAGGGACUACCAUUCAAUGAGGUCUACUGUGCCAGCAAAUUUGCAGUAGAGGGUGCUUGUGAGAGCCUGGCUAUACUGCUCCAGCACUUCAAUAUCCAUGUGAGCCUGAUUGAAUGCGGGCCAGUCAACACAGACUUCCUGAUGAACCUGAAGAGGACUGAGCCCAGUGACGAGGUGCUGGAAGUUGAUGGAUACACACGCAGCCUGUAUGAUCAGUACCUGCAGCACUGCCAGUCUGUGUUCCAGAACGCAGCUCAGGACACAGAUGACAUAAUACAGGUGUAUAUGGAGGCAAUCGAAGCCCAGACUCCAUUCCUCAGAUAUUACACUAACAGAGCCCUGCUACCCAUGAGCAGCCUGAAGCUCACCUCCAUGGAUGGCUCUCAGUACAUCCGAGCAAUGAGCAAGCUCAUCUUUUCCGCACCCAACACAGAUUCACAGAUAUGA